UAUUGGUCAUAUCGCAGUCGUUGUUUUGACGACGCCUUGCUGUAACCGUCAUUAAGGCGAUAGCUGUGAUAAGGUGUGGAAGAGUGCUCUUCGGCAUCCCUCUGGAAUUAACCGCUCGGAGAAAAAAACGUGCUCAAGAGAGAAAAUUGUUCAACGCUUGGGAGAGAAGACCUCGAGGUAAAGAAGAAAAUCAAAAGAAGCAACCAGGAGGAAGUGAGGUCAUCAGCGGCGCGGCGCGAGAAUGCAACAGCCUCAGAAUGGACAGCAGCAACAGGAGGAGCAGCCAGACGAAAUGGAGCGCGAUCUGGCUGAGGACGCAGUAUGGAAACGUAUCCAACAGAACACGUUCACACGAUGGGCAAACGAACACCUGAAGACGGUGGGCAAGCCCAUUGCCAACCUCGAGACGGAUCUCUCGGACGGGUUGAGGCUCAUCGCUCUGGUGGAGGUGUUGUCCGGUAGAAGAUUACCUAAACAUAAUAAGAAACCUACUUUUAGGUCGCAAAAGUUGGAAAAUGUAUCUGUGGCCUUGAAAUUUCUAGAAGAGGAUGAAGGGAUUAAGAUCGUCAAUAUUGACAGUACAGAUAUUGUGGACUGUAAAUUGAAAUUGAUCUUGGGUCUAAUAUGGACUCUCAUUUUGCAUUAUUCCAUAUCGCUUCCCAUGUGGGAAGGAGAGGAAGGAGAUUCCGUUUUCGACAAAAAAGGCGGACCUUCCCCCAAACAGAGAUUGUUGGGAUGGAUUCAGAGCAAAUUGCCUGAUCUCCCCAUUAAUAACUUCAAUUCUGACUGGAAUGAUGGCCGAGCUGUUGCCGCCCUUGUGGAUGCUCUUGCUCCAGGUUUAUGCCCAGACUGGUGUGACAUGAAACCAGAAAAUGCUUUACAGAAUGCCAAAGAAGCUAUGGAUCUGGCAGAUAAUUGGUUAGGUGUUCCUCAACUUGUGAAACCAGAAGAAAUGAUCAAUCCUAAUGUAGAUGAUCUAUCUAUGAUGACUUACCUUUCACAAUAUCCAAAGGCAGAAUUAAAACCUGGUGCUCCUCUUAGACCUAGAACCAAUCCUAACAGAGUACGCUGUUAUGGUCCUGGCAUUGAGCCAACUGGUGUUAAUGUUGGUGCACCAACAAUGUUCACUGUAGAAACAUUUAGUGCUGGUAAAGGAAAUGUUGAAGUUUUCAUUGAAAAUCCCAAAGGAAAACUUGAACCAGUUGAAAUUAAAUUUAAUGAUGACAGAAGCAAAACAUAUACAGUCAAGUAUACUGCUCAAAUGGAAGGUGUUCAUAAGGUGAAAGUUAUGUUUGCUGGAAAGGAAGUUCCUAAAAGUCCCUUUUCAGUUAUGGUGGAAGGUCGUGCUGGUGAUCCAAAGAAAGUUACAGCAUCUGGUCCUGGUCUGGAACCUGUGGGUGUAAUGGCAGGAAAACCAACCUAUUUUGACAUUUUCACCAAAGAUGCUGGUAGAGGUCAAGUCGAAGUCAUUAUUUUAGAUCCCAAAGGCAACCGAAAUACUGUUCCAUGCAGAAUACGCAAAACAGAGGAUAAUGUUUAUCGUUGUGAAUAUGUUGCUCAAACUACAGGAAUGCAUUCUGUAAAUGUUUUCUUUGCUGGACAGCAAAUUCCCAAAAGUCCAUUUGGUGUUAAAGUUACUCCAGUAUGCGAUUCUCGUAAAGUUAAAGCUUAUGGAAGAGGUCUGCAAAAGAAUGGUGUACGUGUCAAAGAUGUUGCCGAUUUCAAAAUAUGUACAGAGAAUGCUGGAAAUGGGCUGCUUGAGAUUAAAGUCAUUGGACCAGGUGGUGUCCAAGAAAAAAUUGAUAUCCGUAAGAUAGAUGAAAAUAAUUAUGACUGUGCUUAUUAUCCAAAUAAGGAAGGUCGUUACAUUGUCACAAUAUCCUAUGGAGGACAAGAAAUAUCCAAAAGUCCAUAUGAAGUCAAUGUGCUUCCAUACAAGGAAUCUAAAAUCAGGGUUUAUGGGCCAGGUCUGUAUGGAGGUGUUGCCGGUUAUCCAGCUCGUUUUACUGCUGAAACAAAUGGUGAAACAGGAACUCUUGGAUUUUUAGUUGAAGGACCAUCUCAUGCUAAAAUUCAGUGCUUUGAUAAUGGAGAUGGUUCAGCAGAUGUUGAAUAUCUACCAACAACUCCUGGUGAAUAUGCUGUCCACAUCUUAUGUGACAAGGAAGAUAUUCCGAAAUCUCCUUAUAUGGCUCAAAUUCUUCCUAAAACUGAUUACUAUCCUGAAAAGGUUGAAGCUUAUGGUCCUGGCCUUCAGAAAUCUGGAGUUGUUCAAGGUCAACCAACUGAGUUCACCAUUGAUUGCAAGAAAGCUGGCGGUCAUGCACCUCUGGAUGUUUCUGUUAUGGAUGCUGAUCUAAAACCUGUUGAUAUUAAAGUCACUGAUAAUAAGGAUGGAACAUUCAAAGCCCAAUAUCGUCCCACCAAGAAUGAAAAACACACUGUGCAAGUUAACUAUGGUGCUGUUGCAAUUCCCAAAAGUCCUUUCAGGGUUAAUGUAGGUGAGCCUACUGACACCAAUAAAGUCAAAGUAUUUGGUCCUGGAGUUGAACCAGGUGUUAAAGCCCAAGUGCCAACUCAUUUCAAUAUUGAUUGCAGAGGGGCUGGAACAGGCAAUGCUCAAGUGAAAUUGACAGAUGAAAAAGGUGGUCUUGUUCCUGUACAGAUUUUGGAUAAUGAAGAUGGUACUUAUUCUGUAGAUUAUAUGGCUCCUAAUCCAGGAAACUAUACAGUUUCUGUAGCAUUUGCUGGAAAAGAGAUUCCUAAUAGUCCAAUUAAAGUCAAAGUUGAGCCUCAAAUUGAUGUUAGCAAAGUGAAAGUAGAUGGCUUGGAGCCAACGGCUCCCAUAAACUCUCUGCAACAGUUCCGGGUGAUUACCAAAGGUGCUGGAUGCAACCAAGCUGACUUUGCUGUCACCAUAACAAGUCCUUCUGGCAGACGCGUCAAAGCCCACGUCAUACCUACAGCUGAAGGCUUCCUUGUAAACUUCACACCAACAGAACUUGGCCAUUAUCUACUGAGCAUCUCAUUUGGUGGCAUACCAUUGACACCAACUCCAUAUCGAUUUCUUUGUAUGUCCAAUGCUGAUUCUACCAAAGUUCUAGCAUAUGGUCCUGGCUUAUAUCAAGGACUUGUAAAUCGGCCAGCUGAAUUCAUUGUCGAUACUCGUGGAGCCGGCUAUGGAAGUCUCGGAAUCACUAUUGAAGGCCCAUGUGAGGCAGCUAUAAACUGUAAAGAUAAUGGUGAUGGGACAUGUUCAGUUGCUUAUUUACCAACUGAAGUUGGGGAGUAUGUUAUCAACGUUGCCUACGACAGACAUCACAUACAAGGAUCGCCAUUUGUAGCCCUCAUCAUUUCCGAUGUCGAUGUGUGGAACAUCCGUGUGCUGGGAAAUGGCAUUCAGUCCCAGGGUGUGUACAUCGAUUCAUUAACAGAAUUUAUUGUGGAUGCUAGAGCAGUUACUAAGCGCAGUGAUGGUAAAGUCCACUGUACCAUCACUAAUCCUUCAGGAGCUAAAACUGAUUCAUUUGUUCAAAGCCAAAAUGAUGGAACUUACAAAAUUUGUUAUACACCUUUUGAAGAGGGUAAUCACACAAUUGACAUAACAUAUGAUGGAUUACCUGUUCCUGGCAGUCCUUUCAAAGUAAAUGUGAUGAGAGGUUGUGAUCCUAGAAAAGUAAAAGCAUUUGGACCUGGCUUAGAGCAAGCUAUUGUCAAUCAGGUGAAUACCUUUACUUUGGAAACCAAAGGUGCAGGCAGAGGUACUUUGGGUCUAAUGAUUGUUGGACCUGUUGAACCCAAAAUGACUUGCAAAGACAAUAGAGAUGGUUCUUGUACAGUUGAAUACAUUCCUGUGGAAGUAGGAAUGCAUGAAAUAGGAGUGAAAUAUGCUGACCAAGAUAUUCCUGGAAGUCCUUUCAAAGUCAUGUGCACACCUGGUGUGGAUCCUAGUAAGGUUAAAGCUUCUGGUCCUGGUGUUGAACCAAACCAGUGCCGUGCUGGAAAGCCUCUUCCAUUCACUGUGGAUGCUACUAAAUCUGGCAAAGCUCCUCUUGAUGUUCAAGUAACUUCAGAUAAAGGUCCAAUCCCAUCUAAACCAAUAAUUCGUGACAAUGGCAAUGGAACUUUUGAUGUUACUUAUCUGCCACCUCCAGAAGGAAGCCCAUGCAAUGUGAAAGUGACUUAUGGUGGAAAAGACAUUCCUGGAAGUCCAUUCCAAAUGAAAGUGAAACCAGCUGUGGAGCCACAAAAAGUAAAACUGUCUGGACCAGGAGUGCAGAAUAAAGUACCAGCUAGUAUUCCAGUCGAAUUUACUAUUGAUACUAAGGAAGCUGGAAAGGCAAAUCUUGAUGUUCAAAUUAAGCGGCCAGAUGGCAAGCCAUUGAAAUCUCAAGUUGUAGAUAAUCAAGAUGGUACUUACAAAGUUCGUUAUGUUCCUGAAGAUGUUGGUCCUCACAAGAUUGCUGUGAAAUAUGGUGGCCAGGAUGUACCUAACACACCAAUAACUGUGAGCAGUUAUGCUGUAGGUCAAGCAGACAAAUGCAAAAUUACAGAGGGUGUUGAAGAUAAGGUGUCUAUUGGUGAAGAAUACUGCAUCACUGUGAAAGCUGAUGAAGCUGGUAUGGGAGCAGUCACCUGUAACAUCACCAGUAGCAACAUACAGGGAGAUGUUGAUAUUCAAGUUGAAGACAAUGGAGAUGGAACAUUCUCAAUUUUCUAUUCAGUUAAAGAGACUGGCAACUAUACUAUUAAUAUUAAAUUUGGUGGAAAUCCAAUUCCUGGUGGAAGUUUUACUAUGGAGGCUGUUACUGAAAAAGUCCAGAGGAAGAGCGUCACCAAGACAAGGACCACUCAAUCCAGGACCACUGAAUUCCGAAGUGUUGAAUUACAUAGCAUCGUAUUACCCUCUGGCACUGGUCAAAUAACAGCUGAAGUUAAGAUGCCAUCUGGAAAGUUCGACAAGCCUCAGGUGAUAGAUAACCAAGAUGGCACUAUUUCUAUAAAAUACGAUCCAAAGGAAGAAGGCUUGCAUGAAUUGCAUGUCAAGUACAACCAAGAACACAUACCAGGCAGUCCAUUUAAAAUCUUUGUGGACUCAAUUUCAAGUGGGUUUGUCACUGCUCAUGGCCCUGGCUUGUGCCGUGGUAUUGCCGGUGAACCAGCAAACUUCACCAUUUACACCAAGAAUGCAGGUGCAGGUGCUCUUGAUGUCUCCGUAAAGGGUCCUUCCCAGGCUGAAAUCACCUGCCACGACAACAAAGAUGGUACAGUUGCAGUUAAUUAUUUGCCUGCUGCUCCUGGUGAAUAUAACAUCGCUGUCAAAUUCGGUGGGAAACAUAUCAAAGGAAGUCCAUUCUCUGCAAAAAUUACAGGGGAAGGCCGCAAGAGAAAUCAAAUAUCUGUGGGUCAUUCCAGUGAAGUGUCAUUGAAGGUGUCUGAGAAGGAUGCUCGAAAUCUCAAUGCUAGCAUAGUCGCUCCAUCUGGUCUGGAAGAGCCCUGCUUCUUGAAGACAUUGCCAAAUGGACAUUUAGGUAUUUCUUUCACUCCUCGUGAGGCCGGACCGCAUCUGGUAAAUGUUAAAAGACAAGGAAAUCAUAUUCAAGGAAGCCCUUUCACCAUCAACGUCUUGGACCAAGAAAUCGGAGAUGCUACCAAAGUGAAGGUUUCUGGUGAUGCCAUCCGUGAAGGCAAAACUCAUGUUGCCAAUGAAUUCAAAAUUGACACCAAAGAAGCAGGUUUUGGUGGUCUCAGUCUUUCAGUUGAAGGACCUAGCAAAGCUGACAUCCAGUGCAAAGACAAUGAAGACGGAACUUUGACUGCUAGUUAUAAACCUACUGAACCUGGUUAUUACAUAAUUAACUUGAAAUUCGCCGAUCAUCAUGUGCCAGGAAGCCCAUUCACUGUGAAAGUCUUAGGUGAGGGAUCUAACAUCCAAAGAGAAUUCAUCAAGAAGCAACGUGAAUCUGUUCCUGUUGCUGAUGUUGGCAAAGAAUGCAAACUUCAGUUCAGGCUACCAGGUGCUAGCGCAUUCGACAUGUCUGCCCGUGUUGCAUCUCCAUCGGGUGUAUCCGAAGAUGCCGCCAUUACUGAUUUAGAUGACAGCCUAUUCAACGUCCACUUCACUCCCAAGGAAGUUGGUGUUCAUACCGUGAGCGUGCGUAAUAAGGACAUGCACAUUCCCGGAUCUCCCUUCCAGUUUACUGUCGGUCCUUUCAGAGAUCAUGGUGCUCACCGAGUGCAUGCUGGUGGACCUGGUUUGCUUAGAGGCAUCACCAACGAAGUCUGUGAAUUCAACGUAUGGACUCGUGAAGCAGGGGCCGGAAGUCUGGCCAUUUCCGUUGAAGGUCCUUCAAAAGCUGAAAUAGAUUUCAAAGAUUGCAAGGAUGGUUCUUGCUUCGUCAAAUAUAAGGUUACUGAACCUGGUGACUAUCGUGUUGGUAUCAAAUUCAAUGAGCAACAUAUUCCUGACAGUCCUUACCACGUAUACAUCAUGCCACCUGCUGGUGACGCUGCCAAAAUUGAAUUGGCUCAUGUGCCUGAAACUGGCCUGCAAGCCAAUAAGCCAGUCUCCCUGGCCAUUCUCAUGAAUGGUGCCAAGGGAAAUCUUGACGGAAAAGUGAUUACGCCGUCGGGCACAGAAGACGACGUUUUCAUUGCACCUCUCGAUUCCGACCAGUGGGCCAUGCGUUUUGUACCUCGUGAAAAUGGCAUCCACCUUAUCCACAUCCGCUGCGACGGUGUCCAUAUCCCCCAGAGCCCCUUCCGACUACGAAUCGGACAGGAUGAUGCUGAUCCCGCCGCCGUGCAAGCUUAUGGUCCAGGAUUAAAAGAAAUUGUAUCAGGUACCAAAACGGAUUUCAUUGUGGACACAUGCAGCGCUGGUACUGGAACACUUGCCGUCACCAUCGAUGGUCCAUCCAAAGUAUCUAUGGACUGCACUGAAGUAGAAGAAGGUUACAAAGUCCGAUAUACUCCUUUGGCUCCUGGAGAUUACUUCAUAACUGUUAAAUAUAAUGGAUACCACAUAUCUGGAAGUCCCUUCAAAGUUACCUGUUCAGGCCGGACGCUGACCGACAUCGGCUCCAAAGAACAGUCUAACGUAGUUGUGGAGACUUCUGCCAAACAAGCCAAGCAAAAGGCUGACCAUCUACCCAGGUUCCGAUCAGACGCCAACAAAGUCACUAGCAAAGGAAUGGGACUGAAGAAAGCUCAUCUUCAUAGGCAAAACCAAUUUACCGUCAACUGCGGAGAAGCCGGUAACAACCUUCUGUUCUGCUCAGUCUAUGGUCCAAAGGGUCCCACUGAUGAGGUGCAUGUGAAGACAAUCGGCAAGAAUUUGUACCAAGUGAACUACACCGUGAAAGAGAAGGGCGAUCACAUCGUUGUUGUGAAAUGGGGCGAUGACCAUAUCCCAGGCAGUCCCUUCAAGGUCGAGGCUUCCUAGAGAGGGACUGCGGCAGAUCCGUUUUACUUUUAUAUUUCAUUGUUGCCAAAUACUGUUUGUGGGAAAACUGUUUGCUCGUUAGACUGUGCGUCCAUAGCUGAUCUUUCUCCUCCUUCUCUAUUAUUUUUUUUUUUCUUUCUCUCGAAAAAACCAGCCAUAUGGUUUUGUGUUUACUCUUUAAAUUUCUGCGCAAUGUCGAUGUUUGCCAGAUUUUGUGUCAAAAGUGGAUGUUCCUCGAAUGAAUACGCGGACUUAAAGAAGCGAAUUGAAUGUUUUAUCACCCAAGUGUCGUUUUUGUAAAAUGAAAUCUAUGCCAUGUUAAUUCAUGCAAAUUUUAAUAUCUGUAAGUACUUCAUUUUAGAAUUUAUAUUUGCCUUAUUCAAAUUUUUAAAUAUCUCAUCUAUCUGAUUAUCUAUUCUAAACGAUGUUUGUGUACUUAAAAAAUGGAUUGAAAGGUUGAAUUAUUUCAUUUUAUUGCUCAAAUGAUAUGAUCUGGACAUUUAUAUAUUGAUGAGCAAUGCAUGUAGUUUAUUUAUUUCAACCUAUGUUUCCUCAUUAAAGCUUGUUACAUUGUUGAAAUUUCUUUAUUGAAAAUUGUUUUCAAUUAUUUAAAAUUUUAGAAAUAUAGUCCUGCUUUUUUUAAAAUGUGUGUUGUCUUCAAAAGAUCAAAUGUUACUUCUUUCUCUCACUUUAAAAGUUUGUAAAUUAUUUAUUGCUUUUGAAUGGCUAAAAUAAAAAUUCUGAGAUUACUUAUAUA